CUUUCUUUUUCUCUUCUUUCUCUCUCUUCUCUCUGGAGACAGUACUUGGUUCUGUCCGGCGUUAAAGCUUCGGUGGUGGUGUCUGACUUCUGAGAGAAGAAGAAAGACGAAGAAGAAGAAGCUGAGUCACGUUAGAUUCAGCUUACGAGGAAGUGAUGUCUCAUUCUAGAAGACUUUCGUUGGAACCUGCUAUAGAUUCAAUCACAGGUCGAUUUCGUGAUUUACAGAGAAACGAUGACGUCAACAAACCUGAUUUUCGAGAACUCGAUCUGGGUUCUCCUGUUUCUACCUUAAUGCCACGUGGCUCUGCUUCUUCUUCCGCCGCUGCGACUCCUACUAGCAGCUCUGGUUCUUCAGGCUCUGCUUCUGGUAAACCGUCGGUGAGUUCUCAGAUGGGUAAGCGGUUAGAGAAUGGUUACAGGAGUCACUCUGGUGAGCUUUCUAGCCCCGGAUCCGGAAUGCCGACGACCCGGAAUCUUAAACCGGGUCAUAGAAGAUCCUCCUCUACUGGAACGCCGUUGAUCUUCUCUGGCUCUAGCUUUACCUCAGCAACGAGUCACAGCUCGCCGCAAGGAGGUGGUAGCGGUGCUACGUCGGCAGUGUCGCCGAAUCCCGGCGUUUUACCGGCGGGAAACAUUUGUCCCUCGGGUCGGAUCUUGAAAACAGGAAUGGCGUCUCGGACCUCAAGUAGGACUGAGACUCUGUGCACAGGAACUGGAAAUUACGGACAUGGAAACGUUGUACGAAGUGGCGGAGGAGGAAGCAGCGGAAAGGCGGUGAGAGCGGCGGAGAACGGAGAAAAUCCGGAGGAGUUGAAGAGAAUGGGGAAUGAUAUGUAUAGGAGAGGGAAUUUCUCUGAAGCUCUGUCGCUUUACGACAGAGCAAUUUCGAUUUCACCGGAAAAUGCAGCUUACAGAAGCAACCGUGCGGCAGCGUUAACGGCGUUAAGACGGUUAAAAGAAGCCGUUAAAGAAUGUCUUGAAGCUGUUAGGCUUGAUCCUUCUUACUCCAGAGCUCACCAAAGACUUGCUUCUCUCUAUCUCAGAUUGGGAGAAGCUGAGAAUGCAAGACGUCAUAUUUGUUUUUCCGGGCAAUGUCCGGAUCAAGCUGAUCUCCAACGGCUGCAAACACUGGAGAAGCAUCUCCGGCGAUGCUGGGAGGCUCGAAAGAUUGGAGAUUGGAAAACCGCGAUUAAGGAAACCGAUGCAGCCAUUGCAAACGGUGCCGAUUCGGCUCCUCAGCUUGUAGCUUGUAAAGCAGAAGCCUUUUUGCGUCUUAACCAAAUAGAGGAUUCAGAUUUUUGUCUAUCUUGCAUUCCAAGAUUGGAUCAUCAUUACCAUUCUCAACCGCAGGCGAAACUCUUUGGUAUGGUAGUUGAAGCUUAUGUGCUCUGUAUCCAAUCUCAAGUUUAUAUGGCAUUAGGAAGAUUUGAGAAUGCGGUUGUAAAGGCAGAGAGAGCUGCGAUGCUCGAUCAGACCAAUCCUGAGGUAGCAUCAGUUUUAAACAAUGUGAAGAUGGUUGUGCGGGCACGUACUCGUGGUAAUGAGUUGUUCAGUUCGGGGAGAUUCUUGGAAGCGAGUGUUGCUUAUGGAGACGGUCUCAAGCACGAUGAAUCCAAUUCGGUUUUGUACUGCAACAGAGCAGCGUGUUGGUAUAAGCUCGGUUUGUGGGAGAAAUCUGUUGAAGAUUGUAACCAUGCGCUCAAAAUCCAGCCUAGUUACAUCAAGGCACUUCUACGAAGGGCUGCUUCAUAUGGAAAGCUUGGUCGGUGGGAGGAUGCAGUCAAAGAUUAUGAGUUCUUGAGAAGGGAACUUCCAGGAGACAGCGAAGUUGCAGAGUCUCUAGAGAGAGCGAAAACCGUGCUAAUGAACAGAAGCCAAGAAUCUAAAAGCCUAGGUUUCAAUAAUGAAGUUGAAGCGGUUUCGACUUUGGAUAAGUUCAAGAGCUCGCUAGCACUUCCCGGUGUCACUGUAUUUCAUUUCAAAUCAUCAUCAAACCGGCAAUGCGAAGAAAUUUCUCCUUUCAUCAACACUUUAUGUCUCCGGUAUCCAUUAGUACACUUCUUUAAGGUGGAUGUGGAAGAGAGCAUGGCAUUGGCGAAAGCAGAGAGUAUCAGGAAAGUUCCGACAUUUAAGAUGUACAAGAAUGGAGAUAAAGUGAAGGAGAUGGUUUGUCCGAGCCAUCAGUUUCUAGAGGACUCUAUAAAGCAUUUCCUCUUAUAACUGAAAAAGCCCUAUCAUCGUUCUCUGCAUCCCUAUGAUCCGAUCGGAAGAGCCUAUUCAAAUACUCAGAAAGUAAUCUUUGUUAAAGAUGGGAAAGAGCUAUUCUGUCAAAUUCAACAAACUAUUCAUUCUUUU